GCACAAGAAACAUCCGGGUCUCUCAGGUUCCCGUUUGGCGACCCGUCGCCAUUAGUGCAAGCCCGUUGUAACGGAUAUAUUUUUUGGUCAAAAUCUCUAAAUUGUAACGUUUUCCAGCUUUUGGAAAACAUUUAACGCCUUGUUAAAGGCAUUUUGUAUUCCUUAACAAGAAAAGGGCUUACAUUCGGGGGUCUUGGCCCCGCGUGGCGAGCUUUCGUCCUCUCUCUACCAGCAGCCUCCAUAACUAGAGACGCAGAAAUCGUGUCUCUUAUUUUUUCUCGGGUUGUUUUAUUGUCAAGAUGUCGCCGUGAUGGAGUCGCCGUGUUUGACAGAAGUGAACCAGGGCCUUCGUCGCCUGACCCGCACUCACUACACCCCGAUUUCCCCUUUUGUUUUUCUGUUUGACGCUCGAGAGCUCGGUGGCUCUCUACCCAGAGCUCUGCUCCAGAAUCGCUCACUGCACGGAGACAAACAUGGAGAAAAACCCCAACAGCAACACCAAGGUUCCGCCUCGUUCCAGCUCCACAGGCCCACCUCCGGGCGACUCUAAACCCAAAACAGAAAAUAAAAAUAAUGGAGGCUCAAAGCGCUGUAGCCGCAAGCGUGAGCCCUCCUAUCCUAAAAGCGAAAGUUUCCAAGGCUCUCGCCACACCACUUCACAGAAAAGCAAGACUUUUGACAAGAGACCCACUCAGAGAGGUGGAGCGCGACAGUAUGGAGUUACAGGUGGUGGACGACGGGAGGAGGUAGCAGAGACACGCCGGGCCGAGUUUAGCCCGGCUCAGUUUGCUGGACCGAAAAAAAUAAGCCUAAACCACCUGCUGAACUUCACCUUUGAACCCCGUGGAGGUACUGGUGGCUUCGGAGAUGGAGGCCACUCCAGUUGGGGCCGCCGAAACAAAUGGGGCCACAAGCACAAGCCCUUCAACAAGGAGCUUUUUCUGCAGGCCAAUUGCCAGUUCGUGGUGACCGAUGACCAGGACUACAAGGCUCACUUCACUGAUCCAGACACUCUGGUCAACUGGGACUGUGUGCAGCAAGUGCGCAUCUACAGUCAUGAGGUGCCGUCUUGCCCCAUCUGCCUCUACCCUCCUUUGUCAGCCCGCAUAACCCGGUGUGGACACAUCUUCUGCUGGCCGUGCAUGCUUCACUACCUGUCUAUUGGUGAGAGGAGCUGGUCCAAGUGCCCAAUCUGCUUUGAGGAAGUUCACACCGCUGACCUGAAGAGUGUGGUUGCUAUGGAGACCAGGCAGUAUGUGGCUGGAGAUGUAAUCACCAUGUGCCUGAUGCAGAGGGAAAAGGGUGCUCUGGUGGCCAUGCCAAGCUCUCAGUGGGUGAAGGUGGAGGAGCCUGUUCGCUUUGGAGAUACGUGUCUCAGCCCGUACUCCAAGCUGCUGCUGACCUCCCCGACGCAGGUUCUGAGCUUGGUGGCAGAAGAGAAGGCUGUCCUGCAGUCUCAACUCAGCCAGGAAGGGGACGCCCAAGGCUGUUUCAUCCAGAGCGCCCUUUGUCUUUUGCAGGAGCGAGAGGAAAUGUUACUGAAGCAGCAGCAGAAGGCAAACUUAAGAGACAGUUUUGACCUGUCCUGUCUGACUCUAGAAGAACCUUCUCCUGUGGAGGAAGUGGUUACUACCACCAGCAGCACCAAACCUGUGCUGCAAUAUUCCUCUGCAUUUGAUGAUGAGGUGGCUGAGGUCCCAGAGGAAGGCACUGCAGAGCUGCCAGGCUUCCCUGAAAGUAUUUUGGAGAGUGUGUUAGAGGAGCCUGCAGAGGCUAUGAUGGAUGCAGCCCCAGAGCCCCAACCUGUUGAGGAGAGCCCUCCCAGCCAGGCCGAGUCCGGCCGCCCUUCAACCAGCGUGGUGCACGGACCCUACUAUUAUUUCUACCAAGCUGAUGACUGCCAGCAAAUGUUCCUGCAUCCUGUGAAUGUACGCUGUCUGUUGCGUGAAUACGGCAGCUUGGAGGCCAGUCCGGACUCCAUCACUGCCACCGUGGUGGAGAUAGUAGGACACACAGUCACUGAGGACAUCCGGCGGCGGCAUCGCUAUCUGGCACAUCUGCCACUCACAUGCGAGUUCAGCAUCUGUGAGUUAGCCCUACAGCCGCCAAUCCUGUCCAAAGAUACUCUGGACACAUUUGCAGAUGACUUGGAGAAGAGAAAGCACCUGAGGCAGAAGAAAGCAAGGGAUGAGAAGCGCAGAGAGAAGCGAAUUGAAAUUGAGGAGAACAAGAAGCAGGGUAAAUAUCCAGAGGUGCAUAUUGGAUUGGAGAACCUUUACCAUUUCCCAGCAUUUGGAUCUCCUCCUAACAACAGCAGCUCCUUUAUGCAGCCUGACUUCAUAUUUGCCCCCUCUUCACCCCUCAGCAGCAGUCCUUCCUCUGAUGGGAUGAGAUUCCCAAAUCUGAAUGGACAAAGCUCUGCACCCAUUGUGGGUAUUGUGGAGGAUGACUCUCACUGUAUGUCCUUUGCACAGAUGCUGAGAGAUGGGAAAGCCAGAGGUGAUGCUGGGCCCAGGAUCACUCCAAACAAAGAUUCGCUGCUGGCUCCCCCAGCAGCAGACAGCGAUGGGGAGAGCGACGGGUCAGACCGUGUCCCUGUGCCCAGCUUCCAGAACUCCUUCAGCCAGGCUUUUGAGGAGGCGCUUCUGCAGCUGGACAGCGGUCCAGCCUCUCUUCCACAACCUGUGGUUGACCCAGAUGAGAAAGGUGGAAAGAAGAAGAAGAAAAAGCAGAAACUUCUAUUCAGCACAUCCAUGGUUCACACAAAGUAGACACAACACUGAAGUUAAUUUAAUCAUAUUGUUUAUUGAGUUGACCUUCCCACUGCUUGUGUUUUUACUGCCAUGCAGACAUUUCUUGGAGCUGUAAGUUAUGGAAAAGGGUUUUAGUAGGUAGCCAAACUUCACGCUUCUUUAGUCAUUGUGCUACCGGCUUGAUCUUUUGUUUGGGUGAAUUGCCAUCAUUUAGAAAUACCUUAAUUUGUGCAAAUAGGUCAAAGCUUUGCUACAACCUCCUGGCACACUGCAAGCCUUAUGGAUAACAUGUUGUUGAGAUGCAAAGUAAAGCCAGGAUUUACUCACAUUAUGUGCGCUUUAGGCUUUUUAGGGCUUGUAUCACAGUGGUUGCUGUGUGAUGUCCAACUUUCCUGAAGUUGACACUGUACAUCGAGGAUCCAUGAGUAACAUUGUUAAGAUCUUUAUGGGUGCUUAAUAUUAGAGUAGCAGUCAGCCAGCUGCAGGCACGCUGCACCUUUAAAUAUUUCCAAGAUACUCAGUGCUCAGGCAUCAGUGUUGAACUUCAGCUUUGAAUAAAUGGAAACGAGUACAUUUCAGUGUUUAUCCCAGGUAAUAAUUUGGAUUAGUGCUUCAUCAUCCUUCUAGAGGAUACAUUUUGGGAUUGAGAUCAGUACCCUGGGAUUUUGGAACAACAACAUGAAUACAUAAUAUUCGAAUACCAUUGCAAAGAAGCAAAAUCACAGUAUUGUAUUAAAGAGAUUAGAUCUGUUGGUUCAACAGAACUCCAGUAUAUAUUCUGCGUGGUUAAACCAUAAGUAUGCACUUUCGUCUCAUUCAGUUUCUCCGGUCAUCUUCUGUUGUAGAAGUUUUACUUACUUUUAACAUUACUUCCCCAAUUUGUUUUCAGUGUUGAAAAUGUGUAAGUUUAGGAAAUUGCUUACAUUUAAAGAAUGCUUUUGAAACCUGGAGAAAAAUUGAUUGAUAAUUUUGUUAUGUUUGAGGGUUCUUUAAGUCACCUUUUAAUUUUGAGCAAGUUUAAGACUAGUGAACAAAACUAGUCUGUUGAAGUGAAUAAAAAAUGAUGCAUAAUCAAA